GAAGUAUCAUCCUUCAUAUUGCUAUUUGACGAUUGACCUAAAUAAAGGGUCAUUAUGACAUAGCUCUGCCGUGGCCAUGACCGAGUCCUUGAUGCGCCUGCACAUUACACCCUUCAAUCCUGAACUCCUUGCUGCCACCGUCGGACCAAACCUGCUGCAUUCCGUCACUGAUAUAUCCUACCACACUAUCGAAACAUUUCCCGAAAACAGCUUUGGGUUUAUCAGCUUGCCCACCAUGGAUGCCGAGAAGGUCAAGAAGAAAGUCAACGGUGCCAUUCUAAAAGGCAAGAGGAUCAAAGUGGAAGAGGCCAGACCACAGAAACGCAGGCGCUUAGAGGAAGGUGACGAUGGGGCCGAAGGGCCAAACACUGCGGCAUCAAAGGCGCCUUCGACUAGGCACAAGAGAACAGAUAGGAAAGACAAAGAUAUCAUUUCGGGUCAUGAGCUUGAUGCGGGUCGCAAAAUCAAACGUGGGUGGACCGAGGCUGGCCGUCCUAAAUCAAGCAAGAGAAAAUCGCACGAAGCAUCGCAGCCUGCUUCCAAAUAUACAGAUAACAACGAAAUGUUGUUUCGCACAAAACUACCGCCUAAUAAGCAAGAUCUUGCAGGAUCCAAGAAAGUCAAGGCCAAAGCCAAGGGCGACAAGGGCGAUCACGUCGUCCAUGAGUUCGAAAAAAGUACUAAGCAGCCAUCAUUUCUUCGCCAGGACAUUGGACUGGGCAUUCAUGGAAAUCUAGACUAUGUUGAGGGCAAGGGAUGGCUAGAUGAAAACGGACAGGUGGUUGAACCAGAGUCUCAAAGAGUUCUCAGGCAGCGACAGGCCACCCACGCAGCGGGAACUUCGGAAUCGUCAAUGGUCAAGAGCAGAAAGGCCUCACCAUCUGUCUCUUCUUCUUCAUCUGGCAGUGACAACGAUAGCCAGGAGGAGGAAGAGUUACAAGGUGCAGACACCUUUGCCAACCAAGUCGAUGAAACCAGCAGCUCAGGGUCGUCGGACACUAGUUCCAAUGCUACUGAAGCUUCCGAUGACAGCAAGUCAUCAAGUGCUUCCCAGGAAGACAAGGCGAGUGACACGCAGGACGCGCAUCCUCUAGAAAAGCUCUUCAAAAAGCCAAAAACACCAGCAUCCCAGGAUGUUGCAAAACCCUCCUUGGAGCUCUCUACUGGCUUUUCCUUUUUCGGCGCUGGCACGGAUGACGACAAUGCAGACGAACCUAUGGUCCCUUUGACCCCAUUCACUUCACAGGACUUCAAGAAUCGUGGUAUUAGGAGUGCCGCACCCACGCCAGAUACGGCGUAUCCAAGCCGGUUCAACAGUUAUGGAAGUACAGGUCUACCAGGAGAUGAAGAUCUUGAAGAUGGAAGCGACCUCGAAGAUUCUCCCCACAAUACUCGCAUUGAGAAAAACGGUCCGCAACUACGUUCCAACAAAUCAAUGCCUGACACCCCAUCUCGACCUCAGAGCGACUUUGAGAAGAAGUUCUGGGAGAACAGAGGGGAUAACAAUCGAGCAUGGAAGCAAAGGCGGAGGGCGGUACUCAAGGAGAAGAGACAGCGAGACAACAAAGCUAGGAGGCCCAAGAAUUGGUAGUUGCGAGACUUCCAAAUGGAUGCCUGUCUCAAACUUUACUUGCCAGGGUGAAAGUCUUCGUACUUGUAGGCCUUUAUGGAACUUACAUAAAGUGGACCAAAAUGCCUCUUGGCAGCUUUCGAAGCUUGUCUACACAUACAAUAUAUACUGACGAGAGUGAGGUAUGGCCACUUCGAAGUGAUUAUCCUUGGUUGCAAAACAGGUCACCCUCAAUCGACAGUAGGGACGCCACACCUCAUAAAUGUGUCCAGGGUCCUGGAGCAUUUGUUAUUCUAGAGCUGCUGACUCACUUGGCGAACUUUCGCAUACAUUCCAAACCAUGAUAUCAAAUAAGCUCCAAUGGAAUAUGCUGUGGCGAACGCGAAGACGAUGCGAAUCUGGGGGUUUGAAUAUUGAGCCUCGGAUUGAAUAUUUCAGGCGUUGACAAACUUUAAAACAUACCUUCAAAUCUCGCCUCCCGGUAAGAAGCGAAGUACCAAACACGGUUAUCAUCAGUCCAAGUACAAACAGGAAUAUGCCGACAUUGAGCAGCAUAAUGGGCGUUUGCCAUAUCCAAUGUUGUAGGUGAUCUUCCGUG